UGCGCGACCUGGGCCUGGACGGACGGAUCCGCCACGGGAGGAGUGCUGGACGGUGGAGCGGGCGGCUAUAUCGAGUGGCCCGACGGGGAGAGCCACGAGCUCCGCGCACCAGCGGGCAAGCUCUGCUCGAGUUACCGAGCGGAGAUGGUGGCACUCCGCGAGACACUAAACUACAUCGGCAACCACACUGAUCAUGAGGAGGACCCCAUCAUACUGUGUACCGACUCGCAAGCAGCUCUAUCUGCCCUACGGAGUGGCCCGGCCGAGCAAAGGACGCAGCUGAACCGAGCUGUCUGGGACGCUCUGGCCCUGGUGUCCGACAAUGGAGAGCGGCAGGUGCUCCUACAAUGGGUCCCGUCCCACUGCGGGCUGCCUGGGAAUGAGAUGGCCGACAGCCUGGCCAAGGAGGCGGCAUCUCUCCCCCAAGAGCAGGUACCGGUGGACACGCGCACAGUGCAUAGAGCAGCGGCGCGAGCGGCGGACGCUCGCACACGAGAGCAGCGACCCCCAGGCUGGUUCCGAACCCUGAUGGGGACAACGCGCCCACCCACAGUGUCUGGCCUGGACCGUCUGACGGCUAUCGACGUCCACCAGCUGAGAGCCGGACACUGGUCAGGGUCGCAACAAUACCUGCAUCGCAUCGGCAAGAGCCCCACACGGCAGUGCGACGCCUGCAAUGAACGAGCAUGCGGCGGAGCCCUCUGCCCACUCUGUAAGGAGGAAGCCGACACCCCAGAUCACAUUCUGUUGCGGUGCCCAGCGCAGAUGGGGCUUCGGUUCCGCCUGACGGGAAGCAUACACGCCCCAACCAGAGAGACUGCAAGGAGCACAAGUUACAUCGCGGCCAUGGCGGCCGCGCGCAGAGGGAUGCUAAGCCGCGAGGCUUCGCGUCGCUAG